GCCAAARCCGAAGACUCCUCGCCCUUAGGAGGCGGGUGCAAAUCAAAAGGCGCCUCACAACUGCACUACCUUCUCAAAAAAGUUAGGCGGUCAAAACACUCCUGUUCCAUGAACAGCUUCCGUUUCUGCCAGUUAUUGUGGCAUCCCCUUACCGAUCAUAAAAUGCCUGUUUUUCGUGAGUCCAUAUUUGMGAAGCUGUAAGAAGCGACAGUGAGAUAUGUAACUUGCUAGCUAAGAACUGUUGUCCGGAAGUGCUUAACCGGAAGUCACCCACACAAAAAAACUAAACAGACUACGUCCAUAUUUCCGUUGAAAAUAAGGUGAAUAGACUGUACUCUACAUGACUCAUACUUCAACUAGCAAAGUAAAUGUUUAGUAAUAGUAUGGGGCUAGAUAAUAAACCACAAGAACAUUCUUGAUGUCUGAAACUUGCGUCCCUGGGGGAAUACCUGGUCACAGAGCCCCCUCCUUCGUCUACCCAUGAUACGAUCCUUGGCGCGUUGAAUUCUGGGCUAUUUACUGUCCUCCCAACUCCGUUCAUUCUCAUCCUACUCCCCGGCUGGAAAAAUGGCCGCUUCAGCGGCAGCGCAGGGCUCAAACCCCGGUCUCUGCCCCAGUUUCGCAGUGGUCUGCUCGUUCCUGGAGCGCUACGGACAAGCCCUGGACCUACCCGAACUCACCUUUCCYCAGAUGGAGAGGUAUCUCCGGGACACAUCGACAGUUCCCAAGCCGCUGGUGGAGCUGCAUGUCAAGCUCCUGAGGAAGCUUGGCAAGUCUGUGUCUGCAGACAAGUGGGAGAGGUACCUGGCUAAGGUAUGCCAGGACAUCAACAGUAGCUGGGCAUGGGAGCUGGAACACAAGGGCUACCAGGAUUUGAGCAUGGAGUGCAAAACCAGCAUCCUCAAAUACCUGUGUGAGAUCCAGUUUGAUGACAACUUGAAGUUCAAGACGUUGGUGAACGAGGAGGAGGCGGAGGCGAUGAGGCUGCAGCCGUUGGGCAGAGACAGACAGGGCCUGAUGUACUGGCUGCAGACUGACGCCCAACACAACAUCCGACUGUACACAGAGGAACAGGAUGACUGGGACGGAUCCACCUGGAGAUGUAUCGUCAGAACCCGGAAUGACUUAGCCGAUGCUUUGGACCUCCUGAAGACCCAGCUGGAUCCAGAACACAAGGAGAAAGAGGAAGGAGAGACGGAGAAAGAGAUGGACAGAGAGAAGGGAGGGUCCAACUGUGCCACACCUGUGGAGAGGGGGAGAAGAGGCAAGGAGGAGGGCGAAGCUGAAGAAGAGGAGGAGGCAAGACAGAUGAGGAAGGCUGAGGAAGACAAGAAGAAGAGUAAAGAGAGAGAGAAGAACGAGGAAGAUGAGGAAAAGCGAGAGAAGAGUAGAUCAUCUUCCUACCCAGAGUCCACUAGUACGGACGUCAACAUGGCGUCUUUAGCAGAGAAGGAAAACCCAACCAAGCUUGAACCGGUAGUCUCAGUGAAGGAGGAKAACAUUGCAGUUGAGAUGAAGGAAGAAAAGGAGAAGAAAGAAGAGGGAGAGAAACAGAGCGGUAGGAAGGAGGAGAGGUCAGAAGUGAUUGACAACAGAGUGAGCACCAUCACUGCACUGGUCAAAGAGGAACCCCAAACGCUUAGCAACUCCCCUAGCAAUGCUGUCUCCGUCGUCAUGGUGCCCAUCUCGGCAACGAUGAAACAGGAAGUUCCUCCUGUGAAGGAGGAAGCAGAGAGGGCGCUGAGGACCGAUCAGCAGGCCAAGAUACCACUGAAGAAGAGAGAGCUCUUUGGCGCCAACCGUCACCAUAGCAACACACAUCACAACAACAACAAUGACAUGCACAGCAACCAUCACAACAACAACAGCCAUAGCAGCAGUACUAGCAGUAGCAUCAUCGUCCGUAACCCUUCAGUAACACAUACCAAGGAGGAGCAGCUGGGGAGGCAGUCAACUCCUGAUGGGGGCCUGGCAGUCCCAUUGCCAGAGGAGCUGACCAAUGGGGGGGCUCCCCUAAACGGGCUUGGAGGGCUCAUAGGGGGUAUAGGUCAUGUGGGGGUCAUCUGCAGGCCGGUGUCGCAGCAACAAGAUGGCGGAUCGGUCUGUACGGAGAGAACCAGACCAGGGUCAGAGGAGGGGGAGGAGAGGGCCAGAGCUCCAGACAAGGAGAGGAGCAGGCAGUCAGUCCUGGUGAGGAAGAGUCCUGGCUGGGGAGAGACUGAAGCCCCAACACCCCUGGAGCCUAGAGGACAGGAGAGACAGGCAGGAGGAGAGGAGAGGGAAGGAGAGAGAGAGAGGAAUGAGCAAGGAGAGAGAUCAAGGGAGAGGUUAGGAGAGGAUGGAAGAGAGAAAGCGAGGGAGAAUUUACAUGGAGACCAGUCUGGAGAGAGGGAUGACAACCCAAAAGAGAAAAAGACUAACCUCCAUGUGGAGAAAAGUGAGGGAUGCCAUGGAACAGAGGAAGAUGAGAAGAAGAAGAGUACCUCAGGAGAGAAGGAGCAGGAGUCAGAUAGCAGCCAGACUGUAGAAGGACAGAAGGUUCAGGAGGACCAGGAAGAGGCCCUCAACACAGACACACCAGCCCAUGCCGGGGUGAAAGGUGCUGGGCAUGGAGCAACAGACCGGCCGGGUCCCCUGGAAGCCUCCUCUGAGCUACAGAAAGAAGGGAUCAGGCUGAAGAUAAAGAUCCCUCCCAACCAGAGGAGAGAGAACGUGAGAGAGCAGAAGGGGGAGGAGCAGGGAGAUGGGAGGUCUCUGCGGAGAUCGGCUCGGAUCUGCAGACCCAGCCCAAACAAGGUGGAGAGGCAAGACGCACCCCCAGGGGUGAGGGAGGAAGAAGAGGAGAAGACUGCUCAAUGGCAAAAGAAGAGAGAAAACCCUGAGGGACAAAGCAGGACUGUGAAGAGCAGACGAAGACAACGAGGCCCCCGCUGGUCAAAUACUCGAGCGAAGAGAUGCAAACCGAAUGAGGGAGGAGCGGAGGAGAGAGGGAGGGAGGAGGGGAGAGGGGGUGGGGGAAGUGGUUGUGAAUCAGAUGACUCUAGCCAAUCAGAGGAGACGCCUAAUGAAGAUCCCUGCAGCCACUGUGGACUCCCCAACCACCCCGAACUGAUCCUGCUGUGUGAUUCAUGUGAUAGUGGUUACCACACCGCCUGUCUCAGACCCCCUCUCAUGGUCAUACCUGAGGGAGAAUGGUUCUGCCCGCCCUGCCAACACAAGCUGCUGUGUGACAGACUAGAGGAGCAGCUGCAGAAUUUGGAUUGCGUUAUGAAGAAAAGAGACAGAGCUGAGAGGAGGAGGGAGCGUCUGGUGUAUGUGGGAAUCAGUGUGGAGAACAUCAUUCCUCAGGAAGGGGAGGAAGAAGAGGAGAAACAGGCGAAAAAGAAAGAUGCAAAAAAUACCAAAAAUCUGGGAAGGAGGUCUACCAGAACCAGGAAGUGUAUCAGCUACAGGUUUGAUGACUUUGAUGACGCCAUUGAUGAAGCGAUAGAGGAAGACGUCAGAGAUGCUGAUGGAGGAGGAGUGGGGCGGGAUAAGGACAUGGCCACCAUAUCGGAGGAGGGGAACGAGAAACGAGGACCAACCACAGCUCAGGCCCCUCCCACCAGGAGCAGGAAGAGGCGGAGACUUAACGACCUGGAGAGCGACAGCACGGCUGCAGAGAGUGAGGAGGAGUUUCAGCUCAGCGCCAGUACGGAGGAGGAGUUUGUAGCGUCAGGUGAUGAGGAAGCAGCCAGUGAUGUGGACAGCUUUGCCAGUGACCCGGGCUUCGUAAGCCAGUCUACACGGGCACAGAGACGGGGACCUAAACAGAGAACCACCAGGACUUCAGCAAAGUGCAAGAAAUGCCCUCGCAGACGGAGGAGAGGAUGGGGGGAGGAGGAGAGUGAAGAUGAGGAGGAAGAGGAGAUAGAGACCAGUGAUUUGAGUGACAGCGAUGAGGACAGGAAGAGGUGUGGUUUAAGGCGGGGCCGGAAGCGGGAGGUGAACUACCGCGAGACGUCGGAAUCCGAGGGUUCCCAGGCAACCACUAAUAAGGACAAGGCCAAAUCCGUCCGUCGUCUCUCCAGCUCAAACAGCGAUGAAUCCUCCCAUUCGAGAGAGUCUGAGGAGGAAGAAAAGAGGGGAAAGAGGUGGAGAGAAGAGGUGGAGGAGACUAGAACAAGGGGAAAGAAGAGGGGAGGAGAGAAGAUGGGCAGAGGGAAGCGGAGAGAGGUGUUGAUAGAACAGCGGAGGAAACAUCUAGCUCUGCUGAAGAAAUGCAUACCCUCCACUAAAGAUGAUGAGGAUGAUAAUGGGGAAUCAGAGUCGUCAUCCGAGGAAGAUCGUCCUAUCCGCAAACGACUUAACCGCAUCGACUCUGAUGAAGAGGGAAAAAAUAAGGAGGAUGAAGAGGAGAAGAAGCUGAGAAAGACGUUGACAAAAGACAAGGAAUCAAACAGCCCUAACAGACAGCAGGCAUCUAGAGGCUCAAUGAAGCCUGGGGCUGAGAGUGCAGCCUUACCCAGGGACAGAGCAGCCAGAGCUGGACAGAACAGCCCCCCACCUCCUGACCAGUCAAACGCAUGAUGACAAACAGACUGUUACUUUUAGUUUUUUUUUUUUUUACUUUCUUGCCUUUCACCAAUGACCUUUCUCAUUACCUCAUCAUCAUCCCUCCUUCCGUUUCUCCUUCCCCUCCUCCCUGAACAGGAUGAGUAACUACUGGACCAAAUGCACUAGCACCAUCCAACACGCAGACACACAACACAAUACACAGCCAGAGGGUGAAGGACUGUCCUGACCUACACCAGACAGACACCCGCCUUAGCUGUUCUGGACUGUACAUAGAUACUCUCUCUGCUCGGCUGCUGAUCCUGUAAAAUGCUAGAUGUUCCCUUCUCUCUUCUGUCUCCUUGUAAAAUAGUGUUCUAUAUUCCAUGAAGGAGAGAGUGAAUGGACUGGAGCGUUUAAUUAUCCCCCAAAAAAGAGAGUUGGAUGUUUUAAACCAAUGGGAGGCUGCUCCUGUUGUUCUGCUGUGAACCAGGAAGAUAACGACUAGAAAGAGAUUCAUACAGGUUGAUUCAUCUCAAAUGGCACUUUGCAGAUUUGACCACAGUUACAACUACAGUUCUGGAUACAGUUGUAGUUAUAGCUACAGUACACUGGGGGCUUGCAGAUGGACACUGGCAAACCUAGCUAUGUUCAGUAAAUCAAUUCACUGUUGGUUGUUAUGUGUUAGUUGAAGUGUACCUCCUCUCACUCAGUGAGGACUGAAUCAUUUCUCCACAAUAGUCUACAACUCUUCAGUCCAGUCUAUACAUUCUACAUCCUACUACUAUUUGAGAAGAUGGGGGCAUACUCGUUAGUCAGAAAAAGGACAAACAAGGAGGGACUACUUAAACUUGCUAAAUGUUUUACUGCUGUGUGCCCUAAUGAAUAUGGCCCCAGGUGUGAAUGCUGUAUCUGGCCCUCAGUCCACUGUCUGUUUUUAUCAUUAGAGUUCUAUCUGAACCGCUUGUAGAUUCUAUCAUUCUAGCUCACUGUUCUUAUGUUGGUUUCUCCCCCCCCAAAAUAUUAAAUCUUUUGAGAUGUUCAGUCUGAAUAAAAAAAAAUCGCCCUGUUUUUCAUCCAGUGUAUGUACAGUAUGUUUAUAGUUGGUGCUGUAACAUAGGUGUUUUAUAAGUUAUUAAAAACCAAUAUUCAAGCAUCUCACAAA